CAAAGCGCCAGCCUUAGUGCGAUACAUAACCCCAAAAGCUGUCAGGUUAGCGGGGCUUUUAAGUUCUCAGUUCCAUCCGAUCGACUGUCGAUUUCCAUCAAGCGCACCGUUUCCAAACUUAGCUUCCCUUCAAGCUGUCUUAAUGCGAACAGGUUAGAAUUAACGAGCGAAACUGAGAACCCGGCUAGCUGUACAGAAAUUCAUGUCUACCUAGAUGGGCGACAAGCACGCCCCCGGCGUCAUAGCAGGCGACCCCUCUAGACCCGGUCUCGCCAGUCUCCCAUACGAACUCCAGGCAGCGGUAUUUGAGGCCACCAUUCGCCCUCAGGUUUUCUUCCUGCAAAUUACCAACGACGUCUUGACAUUCUCCCGAUCAGCUGACAGGGGUAUCGGUUCGGCUUGCAGAUUGUCGCGAGAGAUAUACAUCAAGUCCAAGACACUCUGUAAAUUCGGCUGCAAUUUUCACUGGGUAAACCCCGACAACGACAUCUUCUACCUCUACAAGGAUGAUGGAGUGCGGUACGGCGUUAGGAACCCCGAAAGCAUGACCAGACCGCCCAAAGGUGACAGCUUCGAACCUUCUCUCCUUCGAAAUAUUGCGGUCGAUUUACAGUACCUGGGUGUCCAUCCCCGCCAUGAGGCGGCUAAUCGGGUCUGGAGUAUCUUCCCGUCGCUAAAAACGCUGCACGUCUUUGUCCCCAGCGGCCCGCCGCAGACUCCCGCCUUGAGCGUCACACCCGAGGCUCUUGUUCUCUCCGAGUUGCGAGGCGCCCUUGUCGUUGCGGCCCCGGGCCUCGACAAGGAACUCUGGUCAGCCGUCAAGUACCAGCUUAAGAGGACCUUCGAUAGGAUAUUGGACGCGAGAAAUGGCUGGAACGGACGGGUUAAGCCCGAUGUGGUCGGCCACCUCACAAGUGCACGACCCAAGAUCGAAGAAGCAGACACGGAGAACCCCGAACCGAUAGAACCUCUCCUAACCAGAGAAUCUUGAAGGGCGGGACCGUCGAAUUCAACUUAGAAUCCGACUUUGAUUGUGUCGAUGUAAACAUGAUCAAAGCAGCUGAAGGAGAAGGGAUUGGAAGUUGUUGAUACUUGAUACCCCAAAGUGUCUCUGGUGGGUCCUGUCCUUGUUGACGAUCGUGGAAUCUAGCACCUGGUGAUCGCCGAGGAAUCUGAAUUCUGGCCGGAUGUAUGGAGGCCAAAGCUGUAGGAAGGACAGUAUUCGAAAUGGGUGAGCCUUGAGUUUGUCAUCAUACCCCAGCGUAGCUACACACUAGAUCGUAAGAGCCCGCGUAGCGGGCUCUUCGAUCUGGGACCCGCUUCGCGGGCCCGGGCCACCUCUUACCUUGCAACCCAUCUUCCAUACCCCUGCA